UGGCGCGUGCGCGGUGAGGCGCGCGCCGGGGCGGUGGGGCCGCAGUGGCCAUGGCGGCGGCGGGCGCGGUGACGGGGCUGGUGCGGGGCGGCUGCCGGCAUCGUGCCUCCGCCACCGCCGUGUUGCUGUCGCCGCUGAGGGCGGCCCUAGGGCUCCCGGUUUGCAGGCUGAAGUCAUCAGUCAGCUUUCUUACUCGACCAGAUCAACCAAAUCUUGCUUAUCAUAAACUAAAAGGCAGGAAUCCAGGAGUUAUUUUCCUUCCAGGCUUUAAUUCAAAUAUGAAUGGUCAGAAAGCAACUGCCCUUGAAGAUUUCUGCAACUCUCUGGGUCAUGCCUUCGUCAGAUUUGAUUAUACAGGAUGUGGAAGUUCAGAUGGUAAAUUUGAAGAGUGUACAUUUGGGAAGUGGAGAAAAGAUGUUCUGUGUAUACUGGAUGAACUUACAGAUGGACCACAGAUUCUGGUGGGCUCCAGCAUGGGUGGAUGGCUGAUGCUUCAUGCUGCCAUAGCACGCCCAGAUAAAGUAGCUGCUCUAGUUGGAGUAGCUGCAGCAGCAGACUAUCUUGUAACAACUUUUAAGCAGCUUCCCAUUGAGGUACAAAAUGAAAUAGAAGAAAAAGGUGAAUGGAGGUUUCCAACAAAGCAUAAUGAGGAAGGAUAUUACUCCUUGAGAUACAACAUUAUCCAAGAAGCAGAAAAUCACUGUUUGCUAAAUAGCCCUAUUCCUAUAACAUGUCCCAUACGACUUAUUCAUGGCAUGAAGGACAGUGAUGUCCCUUGGCAGAUCUCUAUGCAAGUUGCUGAUCGUGUUUUGAGCAAAGAUGUGGAUGUUAUCCUCCGCAAAACUGGCCAACAUCGGAUGAGUGAGAAGGAGGAUCUAAAACUUCUUGUGAACACUGUUGAUGAUUUAAUUGACAAGCUGGCAACAUUCUCUUAAGCUGCAGAGUAGCAUAAGUGCAUGAACUCUACACCUGACUCUUUUCCAUAAGUAGCAGAAACCCUGAUCUUAAUAAGAUGAUGCCUGUGACUUGUCACUGUAGGAGCUGAGCUUCAUCUGCUGUUUUCUUACCUCUGUUUCGUAAAUACAGGUAUUGAUGCUGCAUUUGCACAGACAGUCCCAAAGCUGAAGGAGUGCUGCUGUUGUGUUCAGAACCUCUCCUUCACCAUCUAAAGCUUUUUUGGUAGACUUCCUACACUUUUGUACUGAAAUGUUGAUUUGUCUGUGUCACUAUUGGCCUGUACAGUAAAACUUUAAUUUCCUGUGUCUUUGACACCUUUUCAAUACUGUCCUUUUGCUGUAACAUUUUUGUAUCUUAUGUUUGAAACCAUCAGUGCAAGGCAAAAUAUAACUUAAGUGUUUACUAAUGUGACUAUUAUUAGAAAUAGCAAUGAAGCACAAUAAACAGAUUUCAGAUAAA